AUGGGAGACGUUAACCCAUUCAGUGACAGUGGUGAGAACAAUGAGAGCAUAGGAAUCAAUCCUUCCAAUAUUCCCAAGGUUCCAGUAGUCCAGUAUGAUGAGAAGGACGAAGAUGAAGAAAUGGGAGUAUUUUCAGCAGAGGAGUCUAACAGUGUCCAAUUAGAUAAUGGAGAAUUGAGUUUAGGUGAAGAAAAUGUAGAAGAGGAACAAGAAAUAUCUCCGUUUGAGUACGAGUUUAGUUCUGCACUUUGCUUAAAGUCAUCGGAUCGUAUAUUGGAUGAUCUCAGGUCAGAUCCACUUUUUCUUCUUAAACAGCAAGAUGGUGUUAUAUCUUUACCAACAAUAAACUAUGCCAAACAAUUGUCCCAGAAUGGCGCCUCAACGAUGAAAUAUCAGCCGGUUUACUGGGAUACUAAGAAUCCAGAUUUUGGCUCUUAUCGCACCAUUGAGUUGGACGGCAAUACUUCACUUGCAACAUUUACGGGAUUACUUGUUCCGUGUGAUUCACAUUCGUUAUUCGAGGAUAGUGUCAUAUAUCAUUACUGCAUCAAAAUUAAGUAUUACAAUGAUAGAAUUAAUGUCAAAAACAGUUUUUAUGGAUUUCACGACAGUCAGCUAUCUGACUCGGAUAGGAUUUAUAUUGAACCCGAAGAUAUUUUGUGUGCCGCUGGGGAAAUUCCGAAGGAGUCGAUAGAUAUCCUUUUGAAAUCCCUUCCAAAAGUGGUUGAUUCGGGGAACUUCAUUUCGAAGGAAACCGGAACAGUUAUUAGAGUGGAAGUGUACUCCAGUAUCCUCGAUCAAAGUGACUUGGAAUUGUUUAGUUUAACAGAGAUUCAAACAAGAGUUGCUAAAUUUAACUCACAAGAACCAGAAGGUCAGUCUUUUGGUAACGCAUUGACCCCGCAUGACAGUUUUCUGAAAUUUAGAUCCGUUUUAACUGGCGCUAUCAAACAAACUGAUGAAAGAGAUUUAAAGAAGAUAGAUGUACAGAAGAAGUUUCUACAGGUUUCCAUUGAUAUUGAUUUGUUGCUUGAUAAGUUUUUUUUUUCAUUGGAUAACGAGAAUAACUCACCUUGCAUUUAUCCGGUUAUAAUAUCUAAACUAGGAGAGUAUUCGUUUGUUUAUGAAAACUUUUUGAGGAGGGCUGCCAAUGAGGCUGCCUAUUUUGCAGCUAUUACCUCACCCAACCAGUAUGAUUUUUCAAAUAGCUUUUCGAAUUCAUUUGAAAGUGUAUUUAAUGUCCUUCAUGAAUUUGAUUCACAGCAGCAAAAUUACAAUUGGCUGAAAUGGAAUGAUAAAUACUACAACGAGGCUUCAAUUGUUUUAUCAAUAUGUCCUCAUUACAAUGACCAGUUGAUCAUUAAUAUGUAUCAGAAUUUAACGACACAUGAUCCAGUUAACAGCCCAAUUUAUUUUGAUGCCUUGACUUAUUUCGUUACUUCAAGAUACUCCGAUGAUCUUCCCUAUUAUGUUACUAUUUUGAAAGAGAAGGGUAUAUUAGGAUUUGGAGAGUUGAAAGGAUGUUUUGAUAGAUUUGGGUUCCACAUUAGUUCUUGCGAUACGUUGGAUAGUAUAACUGAUGAACAACUAUUAUUGGCAUACCAGAACCAGCUCAUUGUUGCUACAUCCAAAUACGAGAAGGUCACUUUUAGAGAUUGUCUUGCAAAAAUUGCGAAAUAUAGGUCCAGUGAGUACCUUCAACGAUAUUUGAAUACGGAACCUUUCUUUGACUUGCUGGAUGCGUAUCAGUUACUCGAAAUCGAGCCAAACCUUGAUGAUUCUUUGUUAAUCACUCUCUAUGAUUAUAGAAUAUCAGAGAGUGGAAUGGGAUAUGAUCCAAAUGUAGCAAGAGCUUUUUUCACAAUAGUCCUUGCUAGGAAAAGUGUUAUCCUAAUGGAGUAUAUAGAAAGAAAUUUGCCUCAAUUUUCGAUUGGAGCAGUUAGUUUGAAGGACAGUUAUUCCACUAUUGGUUGUUUAGAAACUGCUGAUGAUUUGGCUAUUAUUAGAAUCUUUCAAGAACGGGCUCAGAAGGAUACAGGUACGGAUUUCCGCUAUUUAUGGAAAUCAUUGAAAACAAUCGGUGAUGCAAGACACUCAAAAUUAAUUGAGGCUUUUAUAUCAAGCGGUAUCAUUGACACUUCUUUACUGGCUGUGGACCAAUCUCCAGCUGGUUUAAACAAUAUUGGUAAUACAUGUUAUCUAAACUCGUUGUUGCAAUAUUACUUUGUCAUUGAACCUUUGCGUAACUAUGUUUUAAACUUCAACGAGGUCUUUGAUCCUGAAGAAUUCAACAAAAAUGAGAAGUACUCAAUUCGCAGAAUUGGUGGUAGAACAGUUAAUAUUAAGGAGACUGAAAGAUCGUACCAAUUUAUGUACCAACUUAGAGACCUAUACUACAAACUAAUUCAUGAAAAUGAGAGCUGUGUCACGCCCACAAGUGAAUUAGCUUAUUUAUCAUUUAGCCCAAUAAGCUUUGAAGUUGAAUUUGAGGAGCCAGUCGUUGAUGUGAAUGGUGAGUCGUUGAAGGUGGGACCUUUGGAAAGCCAACAAGUCGAGAAAGACCUUUUUGUGCAUUCAGAAGACUUGAAAGAAGAUGUCACUGAUUUAAUAGAUUUAUCAGAUACUGAUAAUGCUAAACCUGAGAUUCCGUGCGUUAAUGUUGAAGAAGAUAGUAUAGGGAAUGAUGAAGAAGCUACAGACGCAGUGUCCCUGAAAAAAGUUUCGAAAAAAUUAUGCAGCCCGAAAAAGGUCAACCAUACUGCUGCUGUAUGCAAGAUCAGCGCAGACCAAUUUGAAUUUGCAGUGGAGAUGGGAAAUCAACAAGAUGUUACAGAGUGUAUAUCUAAUGUCUUAACUCAGAUUGAGAGUGCUAUGAAGCCAGAUGAAUUAGACGAAAAUAAUGAGCAAUUAGAUAUGAUCAAGGAUCUUUUUUUUGGUAAGACCAAGCAAAGACUAGUCCCCGUUGACAAAGAGACCAAACAAGAUAUACCAGGUGGAAGUGUUAGAACCAAAAUUGAAAGCUUUUUGAAUCUAAUUGUUAACAUUGGAGACCACCCUAAAGAUAUCUAUGAUGCAUUAGACACUUUCUUCACCGAAGAUUUGUUGGAAUUAGAGGAUGGAGAGGUCAAAAGGUCCUUAACUAUAAUUGAGCUUCCGAAAAUUUUACAAAUUCAAAUUCAGCGAGUUCAAUUUGACCGUGUUAAGUUAAUUCCAGUGAAGUCAAACGAUCCAAUACCAUUUGGAGAGAAACUAUACAUGGAUAGAUACUUGGAAACUGACGAUGAGACAAUCAUUAACAAAAGGCAGGAAGUUUUCAAUUGGAGACGGCGUGUUGUCGAGUUAAACGAGAGAAAGUCUAUUUUAACUCUGGUCAACGACCAAGGCAUGACAAAUAAAGAUGUACUAAUUACUACCAGGGAUUUUUUAAAAUCCGAAAACGUCAAGGAACUAGGUGUCACUGUGGACAUGAACACGCUUGAGAUACUUGACCUUGAAAUCGAAAGAAUCCAGACCGAAUUGGAAGCAAUUAACAAUGAACUGGAGGUGCUUCAGAAUAAUAUAACUCAGCAAUUUAAAGGGUUUGAAAAAAUUGGAUAUUCAAUUUUUGCAGUUUUUAUUCAUCGUGGUCAAGCUUCUUAUGGUCAUUACUGGAUUUAUAUUAGAGAUCCAAAGAACAAUGUUUACCGUAAGUACAAUGAUGAAAUAGUCAGUGAAGUUACAAUUGAAGAAGUUUUUAACUUUGCAGAGGGCAACACAGCAACACCGUAUUAUUUGACGUUUAUUAAGGACGAUCUGUUAGAUCAAAUUACUCCUUUACAACGUGAUGUUAUUGUUGAAGAGAAAUUACAAGAAUUACAGAGGGCGGGAAAUAAUCCCACUAUAGAAAUGGAAAUGGACGUUGAUUAA